AUGGAAGCAACAAUUGAACAGAAUGUUACUGAAAGAGUGUCACAGGCAAAGGAUCUCAGGGUAGCAUUGUCUUCAGAGAAGAGCCAUCCCUGUGAGAGGUGUGGGCCCGUCUUGAGACAUAUUUUCCACUUGAUUGAGCAUCAGGAAGCACAACACAGCCAGAAACUGCUGAGGUGUGGGGCAUGUGCAAAACGAUUUUAUUUCAGUACAAAGUGUCAGCAGCACCAGGAGUACCAUGUGAGAGAGAAGCCUUUCGUAAGAGGUGUGGACAGCAUGUCACUUGCUAAGAGUGGCAAUUGUAAUGUGUUCCAGGAGCUUUUUCCCUCUAGGGAGGUUGGAUUGGACCUCCUUACCAAGUCAGAGCAUCUCCAACGAGAGGCUACUCAAACUAGGGAAAGGCCGGAUGAAGUCUCAACAUCUAAAGUGAUUGUUCAACAAAAAAAGUAUAACACCCUGAAUGAAUGCAAAAAAGCCAUCAGCUGCAACUCUGCAUAUGCUCAGAAGAAGGGCAUUUCUACUGGAAAACAGUGUUUUGUGUGCCAGGAUUGUGGAAAAUAUUUCACUAGAAUUUCUAAGUUUUGUUAUCAGAGAGUUAAGACUGGACAGAGGCUACAUCAGUGCAAUGAAUGUCGAAAAUCUUUUACUAGGAACCAUUCCCUUUAUGUACAUCAGAGAGUUCCUGCUGGAGAAGGGCUGUAUCAUUGCAGUGAAUGUGGGAAAUCUUUCAACAGAAAGGGUGAACUUCAUUCUCAUCAGAGAGUUCACACUGGAGAAAGGCCUUAUGAGUGCAGUGAAUGUGGGAAAUCUUUCAUCCGAAAGAAUGAACUUCGUUGUCAUCAGACAGUUCACACUGGUGAAAGGCCCUAUCAAUGCAGUGUAUGUGGGAAAUCUUUUAAAAGAAUCUAUAACCUUUAUUGUCAUCAGAGACUUCACACUGGGGAAAGACCUUAUGAAUGCAGGGAAUGUGGGAAAUCUUUCACCAGGAAUGAUUCCCUUCAAGUACAUCAGAGAGUUCACACUGGAGAAAGGCCUUAUGAGUGCAGUAAAUGUAGGAAAUCUUUUUCUAGUAGCUCUGGCCUCUUUUUUCAUCAGAGAGUUCACACAGGGGAAAGGCCUUAUGAAUGUAGUGAAUGUGGGAAAUCUUUUCGGAGUAGCACUGGGCUCCUUAUUCAUCAGCGGGCUCACAAAGGAGAAAGGCCUUAUGAGUGCAGUGAAUGUGGGAAAUCUUUCAUCCAAAAGCAACAACUUCAUCGUCACCAGAGGGUUCACACUGGGGAAAGGCCUCAUGAGUGCAGUCAGUGUGGGAAAUCUUUUCGCCGUAGCACUGGCCUCCGUUAUCAUGAGAGAGUUCACACAGGAGAAAGGCCUUAUAAAUGCAGCGAAUGUGGGAAAUCUUACACCUGUAGCACUGGCCUUCGUUAUCAUCAGAGAGUUCACACAGGACAGUAGCCUUAUAAAUACAGUUAACGUGGGGCAUCUUUUAGCCAAAAUUCUAAUCUUCCUCCACACAUAAGAGUUCACGUGAGGGGAAGGUCUCAGAUGUGUAGGAAAUGUACAAGGGGGUGUGUAUGUGUUAACAAUACUGUAGGGACCUCUUUGAAGCCUUG